CAAAGAAGUCUCGUCUAUCACCUACUGCCCCAGAAUUCGUGCCUUUGAAAAAAACCACAAACACAAUGUACCAGGCAUCCAAGGAGUGGAGACAGCAUUCUCCAGUUUCCUCUGUCAAGAGCAGCAAACGCAGCCAAGUGAUUGAUAAUGAUGACCAGUCUGAGGAAUGGACUGGAUACGUUCCCUCCAACUUAGACAUCAAAGGCACUGCUGGUGGAGAAGAAGAAGAUGAAGAUGAGAUCUGGAAAGGGUAUCCUGGACCUGUUCUCAGCAAUGAGUCAAAUGAGACCAGUCCUCGCCGUGGGUCUUCACAGUCAGAAUCGUCCGAACCAUGGAAGGGAUAUGAGGCAACGAAGAUGGAGUCAGAUUGGGAGCAUGAGUUAACUUUAAAGGUUAGGGAGAAUGAUUGGCAGGGAUACACCCUAGAGACAUUGGAUGAAGAUGAGUUGGACUCCAGCACAAUGUUGAACGGAGAGUUCGAGAAGUCGCGGCAGGUUCGUGGCCGGGUUGAACCUAACUUGUUUGAAAAAAAUAAUUUCCGCAAAGGAAUGGGAACACGCAAGAACCAACCUAAUCCACAAAACACAAAACGUUUUACGCCAUAAAGACAUUCAAAGAAAAAAAAUUGCUUUUUUUUUAUACCCACACAAAAAAUAUAUUAAUACAUUUAUCUCUCUCUUACACACACACACACACACUCACACACUCACACACUCACAAAUACACAAACGCUUCUUCUUCUCUCUCUCUCUAUCUCUUCCUAUACUUCUUUAACUUUUAUUUUUAUUUUUAUUUCUCUCAUUAAAAAUAUUACCAGAAUACAUAUAUAUACAUAUAAUUUAUUACUAUU